AUGGCCUCGCGUGCCAUACUCCGCCAGUGCGCUGCAGAGCGUGGGAUGUUUGGCUCCUGGAGCAAUGCGUCACUCCUGGAAACAAAGCCGAGGUUAGUGAGGAAUUUCAGCUCGGCAGCGGUGUCCAGUGGAGCAGCAGACCUUCAUUGCACACCUCUGCAGAGAAGAGGCUUCCAAUCUGAUUGCUACCUGGUGGCGACUUCGUCCAUCAACAUGGACGCCCGCACAAGGCUCGGACUCUUCCCGGCAUGCUACGGAGUCGAAGUAGAGAACGAGGUUGAUCAGAAGGUGGCUUCUUUCGAGAAGUCGACCAUUGAAAGCCUGGAAGAGGUAGACCCCACCUUGUCCCACAUGUCGCCUGCGUUCAAGUUGGCAUUGCAGCCAGGGCCGUGCGAGGGGCCUGUACGUGUGAUGACUCUCCUCAGUGUUGCGACGUCUCUGCUGGUGGGCCGUAUGGUGGCUGGACCCCUAAGACAUUUGACGGACCUCAUGGACAAGCUUAGCGAGCUGGACUUUGAGCCUGAAAAUGCCCUGAGCCGCGGUGCGAGGCGCUCUUACAUCCAAGACGUAGCUGAGCUGGAAAUCGCGUUCGGCCGCCUGGCACGUGGCAUCGGGAUGUUUGCGCGAUUCGUCCCAGAAACGGUG